AUGCGUCUCUUCACAGCAGAGCCUCGCGUCUCUCGUAAACAACAGACCGGCUCCCUAUCAACUUCAUCACAGUCUUCUUCACACACAACACCAUCACGCCCCGCGCAUUCAAUUGCCUGGUCAUUACUCUGCUUCGUCGUCGUUCUCAACUCCUUCCUGGCCUUCCUCUCUCCCUCGACCGCAGGAGGCAGAGCCCUUGCCGCAGUGGAAGCGGGCUUCUGUGGAGACUGCCAGACCUUCGCCAACGCCAUCGGUGUCUGUGGAGGAUCGUUCACUCCGGCCGACAUUGAGGUUCCCACCGAAUAUGUCCUCCAGAAGGAUUAUGCCACAUGCACCUGUACAGCUGUCAUGCAGCAGGUCCUUUGGACUUGCGCCAAAUGCGAGUUCCUGGCCGGUAAAGGAUCUAAGGGUGUGCCCCCCAAGAAGCACCUGACGUCCUGUCUGGAAUGGGGUAUCACCCUUGACGCGUAUAACCUCCCUUACAAAGGAGUCGUCGCCCCCGGAACUACAACCGAUCUUGGGAACGGGACGCCUAACCCCGCACCCCUCCCUGGCACGACUACUACCAACCCUCAAUCUACUACCGGUCCUGUCAAGCCUAAUCCUAUGACAACCAGUAGCAGUGGUGGUAACGGCGAUGGAAACAAGCCUUCAGGAACUACAUCGGAUUCCAGCAGUCCCAGCAGUUCGCAGGAUUCUCUCAACGGCGACAAGAACGCCUCGGGGACCUCCAGCGGACCCAACACUGCGGCGAUCGGAAUCUCGGUCGGUAUUAUCGGAGUGGCUUUUAUUGCGGGAGUUAUGGCCGUGGUGAUGAUGAAGCGCCGUCGUCGUCGUCGCACCCCCCUUGAUUUGGACUCUUCCCCAGCCCUCGCCAACUUUUCCCACCUCGAGGAUAACUGGGAAGCCAAGCCCAAUCGCCCCACAUCGCCUCCUCUGCCCCCAGCACCUGUCGCCAGCGCAGCCCCAGUCAUUGGACGUGGAAAUGGACGUGGUGGAUAUGGUGAUGGAAGCGUUGUUGGAGGGUAUGACGCUCAGUACGAUGGACAGUACGAUCAGUAUGAUGCUUAUGGACACGGACACCAUGGAGGGUACGAUGCCUAUGGACAUGGACAGGGCGGACAUGGACAGGGCGGAUAUAGUGGUCAGGAGUACGAUCAUUAUCGAGGAGGACAGUACAACCAAGGCGGCUAUGGCGAACAGGACGCUUACCAAAUGCACGACUAUGGAUACGAUCAGCAUGUCGUUGCUGCCUCCAAGCGGCCUCCUGCCCAUGGCGCUCCUAUGGACCACAAACGGCCAUAG